UUUAAAUGUAAUAAUGGACUCUGCAUUCCCAGUCAUAACUGGUGCAAUUUUCAGUAUAAUUGCGAAGAUAUGUCUGAUGAGCAAAAUUGUAUCUAUCCGAAAUGUAACCAAUUUACUGAAAUAAAAUGUCAAAGUGGUCAGUGUAUAAGCAGAGCCCUACGUUGUGAUGGUUACAAUGAUUGUUACGAUGGAUCAGACGAAGAGUACUGUGGAUAUCCUUCAUGCCAUACUGGAACUUUUACAUGUUUCCUGGGUCGAUGUAUCGAUAUUUUCCAAAAGUGCGAAAACAAGGUUGAUUGCUGGGAUACAGUCAACAAUCAAAAUUGCCACGAUAAUACUGUAUGUCUGGAAAACUAUUUCUCAUGUGCUUCGAUUGAAAUGUGUGUUCCUAAUGCUGUUGUCUGUAAUGGUAAAUAUGACUGCUAUGACUGGACAGAUGAACUAGAUUGUGUUUAUCACUCUUGCUCAACCUACAGCCAGAUGUGUAAAGAUGGAACAUGUUUCGCUGAUUCUCUUCAGUGCGAUGGAAAUACAGAUUGCGUUGAUAACACGGAUGAAAUUAAUUGCGGUACCAUUUCAACCUUGUAUGAACGGUGCCAAGGUGAUAAUUUUACUUGCUUUACAGGAGAAUGUAUCCAACACAGUAAACGUUGCAAUGGGAUCAAUGAUUGCCAAGAUCAUUCAGAUGAAUAUAUAUGUGGUAAUGUAACUUGUUUAAAAUCAGAGUACAAAUGUGAUAGCGGAGAAUGUGUUCCGCUAACUGGGCGAUGUACAACGCUUUAUGAAUGUAAAGAUGAUUCUCAAGCUAAGAUGUGUAGUAAGUGCUAUGUAUCUAUGUUAUUAUUUUACGAUUAUUACUCAAUGAGUAUCUGGUAA